AUGGCUAGCAGCCCACUGUCAGAACUUUCUGCAAGAAACCAGAAAAAUUAUGUCAAUCGUGCUUGCUUUGGUCUAAGUGUGACAUCACGACCAAUUGCUGUUUCGUCUGAGAUAGAAGCAGCAGAAGGUAUUGUUGCAGCUGAAUUGAAUGGACUUUCGAUCAAAGAGAGAGACAGUGCCUCGGACGACUUUAACUGCGUCGGUCAAGGUCAAGAAGACGACCCAGAAAUGAUCUGCAACGCACUAGAGAAAUUUGAAGAAGAGGUUCGCAAGGCAAAUCAUCCAGUAUACAAAUUGGCAGUGAUGAAGAAAAAUCCAAAUGUCCAAGACUCUGAAUAUCGACUUCGGUUUCUCAGGGGGGCCCUAUUUGACGUCAAGAAGGCAGCCCGACAAAUGCUUAGCCUGCUACAGUAUCAAGCUGAAUACUUUGCUAUCGACGCACUUGAUCGAAAAAUUGCUUUGUCCGAUCUAAAGGAAGAAGAAGUGAAACUCAUGCUAAAAGGACUGUGUCACUUUUCGACACAGACGGACAGAAACGGCCGAUACGUGGCCUAUUGUUUAAGCAAUGUUUUCUUGGCGGAUAUCCCAGCGGAAGCUAUGAUUCGUGCAUGUAUGUAUGCCAGUCAGGAGUACGGUUCAUUUCCAGACCUAGACAAGAGGGGCUUGGUAGCUGUGUACAUGGAUGUAGGCGGACUUGACCAAUCCAUGCAGCUGGGUCCAAGACACUUCAACUGGGUCUUCAAUAUGAUCAAGUUUUACUUGGCGCUUCCUUUCACGCUUUCAAGUAUGCACUACUGUGUCAAUAUUGCUGACAGCAACAGCGUAGCGAUUCGAAGAAAUAUGAUUGGAUCUUUCAUGAAGGCCCUUCCUAGAUACGCGACAGUGAGAACAAAGUUUCACUAUGGGAGUGCACUGGAGAUCCGCUACAGCCUGCAAAGUCAUGGUAUCCCACUGGGCACCUACCCGAUCGAUUCAAAUGGCCAGAUUCGACAAGAGAUGAUCGAUAGCUCUUGUCUGAAGCACUAUGGUAUUGAUGCUUUUAAGUACAGAGGGAAAUCGGAUUCCUUCAUAAAGUCGAAUGAUACAGCGAUAGCCAUGACACCAGUACCUCCAACCCCUACCUCCUCUCAGCAAACAAGAGCGGGACAUAGUGUCCUGGUAGAACCCAAACAUACUGAUGUGCUGCUUGGGCGUGGAAAACCGAUUCAGAACCAUCCUGGAAAUAUCCAUUUGCGAUCAAUGAUUGAAGAAUCUCAGGAACAGUACGAUGCAAUCGGUAGACUGGAGAAGCGUCAAAUGAUCCAGAACAUUAGGCAUGCAUGUCAUGCCAGAGGCACCCGAUUUCUGAAACAACAUGGCAAAAAGACGUGGGUUCUUGCCGAUUCCGCUGAAGCUGACGAGAAGAUACGUCAACACUUCAGGUGUUGUCGAAGGAAACGAUAA